GAGGAGCAGGAGGAGCUGUGGAGCCGUCAGGAGAAACAGCAGCUUGAAGGGCUGGAGGAGGCUGAUAUCAAGUUCACACUCGCUUCUGUCCCUGUGAAGACUGAAGAAGACGAUGAAGACAAAGCUCAGUCCUCACAGCUUCAUCAAAGACAAACUGAACAGAUGGAAACAGAAGCUGAUGGAGAGGACUGUGGAGGACCAGAACCAGACAGGAACUCGCAUCCAGAUAGUCCUGUACAACCGGUUAUUGAAGGCGAGACUUCACAUUCAACAGAAACUGAGAGUGGUGAUGAGACUCCACAUUUCUCGGCUUCUGAGACUGAUUACAAAAGAGAUUUGGAGGAGACUCAGGAACCUCAGUCAGGUUUAAACUCUCUGAAAAACAGUGAAUCACCAGUUAGCUCCUCUGAAUGUGCCGGAAGCUUCGACCACAAGAAACAUCUGCAGGAAGAAACUGAAAUCCAAACAGGAGAGAAACCAUUUAGUUGCUCCGUCUGUAGUAAAACAUUCUCUCGAAAGUACUACCUAACGACUCAUAUGAGACUUCAUUCAGAGGAAAAAUGUUUCAGCUGCCCAGUUUGCAAAGUUAAGAGCAAUUGCAAAAGCAAUUUGGUCAAACACAUGAGAAUCCACACAGGAGAGAAACCAUUUAGUUGUUCAUUUUGUAGUAAAAGAUUCGCAGAAAUGGGCCACCUGAAACAACACUUGAAUAUUCACACAGGAGAGAAACCAUAUAGCUGUUCAUUUUGUAGCGCUAGAUUCGCUGCCCAGCCAAAUCUGAAACGACACAUGGUUGUCCACACAGGAGAGAAACCUUUCAGUUGUUCACUGUGUGGUAGAAGAUUUGCACACAAUGGAGAUAUGAGACGACACUUGCUUGUCCACACAGGAGAGAAACCGUUCAGUUGCUCAGUUUGUGGUAGAAGUUUCACGCAAAAGGGAACUCUGAAACUACACUUGCUUGUCCACACAGGAGAGAAACAAUUUAGUUGCAGCGUUUGCGAUCGAAGAUUCGCUCGGCUCGCAAAUUUCAAAAGACACAAGUGUGUCGGUGAGAGCAGCAGUAAUGAGUGAAGCUGCAGAGAUCAUUAUUACGGCUAUUUUUUUCCAGCAGUGUUUUUUAUUGAGAUCAAGGCUACAUAAAGACUCACAGGGUCUGACUAAAAAAAAAAAAUCUUUGCUCUGCAUACUUAAAAAAAUCCAUGUUCAUAUGAUAACACUUUUCAAACGAUUCUCGUGUACAUGGAUCCACAAAAACAACCGAAAAGCGGCUAGAUGGCUAAAUGUGGCCGUGAUGUCAUCGUUGGCACAGGAUACGUGCAUCACCAGUUUACAAAGCGACAGAAGAGGAAGCAUUUUCAAGAGAUUACACUCUGGAUCCCAGUUUCAAAAGUCUGUUUUCAGGCCCCCAAAACGCCAAGACCACCUAGCGGCAGACAAACGGUAAGCACAUGAGCAGCAAGACCUCCGACUUUAUUCUCUAGUUUCCAUGAAAUAACAAAAAGAUUCAAAGACAAAUCUAUAAAGUUUUAACAGUCAAUUGAGGCUCUAUGUAUUUUAAAUUGCAAACUUUGCUCGGAAUAAAUACGUUAAAUCAAGA